AUGUCCGCGGAGGGCGGCGGCUACUCGCCGUGUCCGGCGGAGGCGCUGCCGGAGCUGAGCGCAGCCGAGCUGGCGAUGAGCCUGUCGCCCAAGUCGGCGCUGCUGCAGCAGAACCUCUCCCAGCUCCAGCUCCAGCAUUCCACGCCCUUCUCCGUCACCGACAUCCUGUCGCCAAUCGAGGAGUACCGCAAGUUGGAGCUGGCGAACAACCCGCCUUCGCCGUACAGGUCAAAUUCGUCUGGAAGCAGCAUCAACUCGCCCUUAGGGCCCGCUGCCUCUUGCGGGAUGGCGGCCAACCCGUACGCGGUGCCGCUGUACGGGGGCGCCCCCGUACAGGGUUAUGGCUGCGCGCCCGCCGACCUGCCCCACUACGGGGACAUGAGAGGCGCCAGCUGGUACCCCGCCUCGAACGACCCCAGGUUUGCCAUUUCCAGGCUCAUGACCUCGACUUCGAGCGGGAUGGGUCACGUCAACAACAUGGGAGGACUGGCAGCCUGCGCUGGACCGGACGCUAAGCCCAUGCAGUUUCCCCUUGCGCAGAGGCGCAAACGAAGAGUGUUGUUCACACAAGCACAGGUGUACGAGUUGGAGCGACGGUUCAAGCAGCAGAAAUACCUGUCGGCGCCCGAGAGGGAGCAUCUCGCUUCACUCAUACAUUUAACCCCUACACAGGUCAAAAUAUGGUUUCAAAACCAUCGCUACAAAUGUAAGAGACAGGCCAAGGAGAAGGCGAUGGCGGAACAAAACCAACACAAUCAGUCCGCAUCAUCACCACGCCGAGUGGCAGUACCAGUCCUGGUGAAGGACGGGAAGCCCUGCGGCUCCGGGGAGUCUUCGUCCCCGGCGCACAGUCACUGCGCGACGCCCACAUCCGGGUAUUCCGCCCCCCAGCCCUCGCAGGCGGCCUGCAGCAACCCCCUGGUCUCCUCCUACCGCCAGCCCGCCGCCUACCAGCAGCAGUGCUCAGGGUACCUCCCGCUCCAGGGUCGGGCCUGGUAG